AUGACAACUAGAAACCAGAAGAAGACGAAUGAAGGAGCAACAUCAGAGAAUGGAUCGAUAGUCAACAUGUUGACUAACCCGAAUGAUCCGGCCAACGUGAAAACCAUUCCACCUUGCUUAAACAACACUAAUGAUCCAGCGCAAGCUAAAGACAUUACUAAAGACGGUGAUGGCGAUGCCAACCCUAAUAGUCCAGCCAACACUAAAGACACAGGAGGUGGAGGUGUAAGAAUAGUCCCUGAAAAGCUAGUUUUGACAAGUUAUUUGGAGACACUAGGAAUCAAAACACACAAAUCAGUAAAAGCUAAAAGAGAUUUCAGCUCGAUCGAAGAAGACGAACAACCUUUUGUAGAAAACGGGGUCACGUUCAUGCCAGGUUACGUUCCAAGUGUGACGACUUCACUCUUGACUCCUUACUUUGAUAAAAACAUAAAGGAAUUCAAGGGACCGAUGCCCCUCUCUAUAUUCAACCUGAAUUGGCAAGCACUAGCGGACAGCUAUCAUGCAGAAAAGAAAGUGAAGACCAAUGACGUGAAACAGACCAACUAUACUGGAUAUCCUUACCCAGAUGAUCUUACGCUAACGUACGGAGCUUGGUGCAUCAACUAUCGGAACUUUCUCAAGACUUUUGCUAACCCUUACAGGUGGCAUAGGAUGGAAAGCCCCUACUCUAAAGGAGGCGAGAGGGAAGGAUGGAAUCCAAGGAACGGUGAACCGAAGCAUCAGAAUCAGAAGCAACCUCAUCAGACCUUUAAAUCCGCAAUCAACAGCUUCAAUACCAGCUUCGCGAGCACAAGUUCUUCAGGAAGAGGUGGUCAUGUGGCGAGAGGUGGAGGAAGAGGCGGUAGAUCAGGCUGCAGAGGCCCUCCGGAGCUGUUUGAUCCUCAUUUUGCAGAGAAGGAGGCGGCAGCAGUGGCAGCAACCAAAGCGAAGAACCUCACAUCAGUAACAACAUCAUGCAAUUCCAAUAUGUGUAAUGACUGA